GUCAACGACCGCGUACACCGGCCAACGGCAAAUUACAUUUUACAUAAUGCCAUCCCUACUCGACGCACGCUCGCGGGGACAUGCAUUCAUAUAAAGAGAGAGAGAGCGCGGCUGGACAACCGAUUGACAGUUUGCUGUUCGAUGCGAUUCCCGAAGAUGGCAAAGUUCGCAGUCGUCGCGGUCGUCCUGCUGGCGUGCACUCUCGCGCAUUCCCAGAGGAUAAUUAGGGAAACGCCCACGCGGCCCGCAGACGCGAACGCAGCGGCCAUCAAGGACACCCUGCAGAAGAUCUCGAGCGGGGACUCGAGCGCGAAGGACGACGGGAAGCUCGUCGAGAUCAUUAAGGAGGUAAUCGUGAGGACCGCGGAGGAGAUUAAGACGCCCGCAGGAUCGAUCGAGGCGGCCGCUAAAAAGGCGCAGAUGUUGGUGUCCGAAUUGACCUCGGCGUACACGAACGCUAUCUACAAGUCCAAGUCCCCCGAGGACGGCCGAGAGAACUUCGUGCGCUUCCAGAGCACCGUCCAGGCGAUUGUGGAAUUCAUAAAAAACGGUCAAUUUCUGGCGUAGUUUGUCUUGGGCAUACCUGUUCCGUUUCGCCUGUACCCUGUCUGUCACCAGCGUCACCAAUGUAUCGUAGAGAAUCGAGAAAUAUAAUUAUGAGUUAACCACGCAAUGCGCACACCACCUAUCCCUUCGCCCUAAGCGCGCGGCU